CGCCAGUGGGCGUGGCUGCGGGAGCUGCGCGCGCGCGGGCGGCAGCGGCAGUCGCGGGGCGCCGAGCCAGCAGCUUCUCCGUGCUUCUCCGGGACCGGACUGCCAGAGCAGAGGCCGUGCCCCUGGCGCCUCAGCACCUCCGUAAGCCGCAGCUGCAGCAGGAAGAGAGCUUUGCUUUGGCGGUGCCGGGAGCAGCCGCAGAAACUCGAGCAAAAUGAAAACGAUGACAGGAUCAAACGAGUUCAAACUCAAUCAGACUCCAGAUGAUGGUAUUUCAUCAGUGAAAUUUAGUCCAAAUACAUCUCAGUUUCUGCUUGUUUCGUCCUGGGACACAACUGUCCGUCUCUAUGAUGUUCCUGCCAAUACCAUGAGACUCAAAUAUCAGCAUUCAGGAGCUGUCCUGGACUGUGCUUUUUAUGAUCCUACCCAUGCCUGGAGUGGAGGAUUAGAUCAGCAGUUGAAAAUGCAUGAUUUGAACACGGACCAAGAAAACCUUGUUGGUGCCCAUGAUGCUCCUAUCAGGUGUGUUGAGUAUUGCCCAGAAGUGAAUGUCAUGGUAACAGGAAGCUGGGAUCAAACAGUGAAACUCUGGGAUCCCAGAACCCCUUGCAAUGCAGGAACCUUCUCUCAACCUGAAAAGGUGUACACUCUCUCUGUGUCUGGAGACAGACUGAUUGUGGGGACGGCGGGUCGGCGAGUGCUGGUGUGGGAUUUGAGGAACAUGGGGUAUGUCCAGCAGCGAAGAGAAUCGAGUCUGAAAUACCAGACCCGCUGUAUCAGAGCCUUUCCAAAUAAACAGGGUUAUGUUUUAAGUUCUAUUGAAGGUCGAGUUGCAGUGGAAUAUUUGGAUCCAAGUCCAGAAAUCCAGAAGAAGAAAUACGCUUUCAAAUGUCACCGUUUGAAGGAAAAUAAUAUUGAGCAGAUUUACCCAGUCAAUGCUAUUUCUUUCCACAACGUCCACAACACGUUUGCUACAGGAGGUUCAGAUGGCUUUGUAAAUAUCUGGGAUCCCUUCAACAAGAAGAGGCUGUGUCAGUUCCAUCGCUACCCCACCAGCAUCGCGUCCCUCGCCUUCAGCAACGACGGCACCACGCUGGCCAUCGCGUCCUCCUACAUGUACGAGAUGGACGACAUCGAGCACCCCGAAGAUGGCAUCUACAUUCGCCAAGUGACAGACGCAGAAACAAAACCCAAGUCUACUUAGUCUUCUGGUGAUGCUGCUUCUCUACAUGAGGUGCCCCACCUGCUCCUAACAAGACUAAAACAAUAGAAGUGCGAAGAGCAAUCUUUGUACUGAUCCUGUUUUUAAACUAAGAAAUAUUUGUAUAUUGUAGUCUCUUAUCUGUCAUUAAUUGCCUGCUUAUGAUGUUACUGAAACUGUUUUCUUUAUCUGCUCUCUGUAGCUAAAUUAGUUCAGUCCUGUAGGCAACUUUGUGUAUACCUUUAUAAGAACUUACCACGUUUUGUACUUUCUAAUGAUGGAAACUUCCAGUGGCCUCAUAGUUGUUCAAUAAAUAUCCAUAGGUUUCUUCUUGAAAACAAA